UCAGGACAAACUUCACCUUCACUUUGACAAAAUGUCAAACAUUGACUUGCACAGACUUGAGCUCUACAAAAGCAUCAUGAGCAGUUGCGGUUCAGGCACAUUCUGUAACAACUCUGAGCUGAUUUUUCAAAAUAUGAGUAUUUACAACUGGCUGGAGUUUCCUAAUCCUCCCCACUGGCUAAGGAUUGUCAUCUCUGUGGUCUACUUUAUUGUGGCUACAGCUGGAAUACUGGGGAACUUGUUAGUAAUGUUCCUCCUCUACUCUACUCACACCAUCACCACAGGCAAUAUCAAUUUCUUUGUUUUUAACUUAGCUGUGGCUCAGCUAAUGUUUUCGCUGGCGUUACCAUUUUGGGCUGUUGAUACUGCGCUGGACUAUAGCUGGCCCUUUGGCUUGGGCACAUGUAAGGCCGUGUCCUUAUUCACUGGGCUGAAUGUGUUUGCUAGUUGCUUUUUCCUCACAGCUAUGAGUUUGACUCGUUACUGCUAUGUGGCAACUGCUCUCAAACCAGGCGCUUCCUUCUGCAGCAGAUCCUGGACUUUCCCGCUGGCCACAGCUUUUAUUUGGGCCGGAGCGCUCAUUUUGGCCGUACCCCGAGCUGUGUUUGCAGAACUGAAAAAUGUGGGCCUUGGCAACGACACAAUAUGCCUGCUCCGUUUCCCUGUUACAACAUGGCUCGAAGUAAACCACCUCCUGCGAGUUGUGCUGGGAUUUCUGCUGCCCUACACCAUUAUCAUCCUCUCCUACCUGCUUCUGAUGCGCUUCCUCUGUCGGCAUAAACUGAAAGGCGGCAACUCUCGGCGAAAGACUGAUAUUUCAAAGUCGGUGGCAGUGGUGGUGUUCUCCUUCUGGGCCUGCUGGUUCCCAUACAACAUCCUCACGGUUUGGAGAGCCCUGAUUCAUUUUGACGUGGUUGAUAUCAGCCCCUCGUUCUACUCGGCUCAAGCGUACUUUUUCCCUCUGGCCAACUGUCUGGCUUUCACCAGCAGCUGCUUCAACCCCAUCAUCUACUGCCUGGUUAGAAAAGAGUACCGUGCGGCUCUCCUUAAUGUGCUUUUCAAAUUAAGUUUAGCCAUUACGUCCAAGGUGCCCUAUGGUAUAAAUUCUGAGGCGGGGUCAGGGCAAGCAGGCCAGCUGGGUAUUCCAGUCAACAGCAUUUUCAGCCACACGUCCCAAACUGACACGAGGAGAUACGUCCCUCUGUCAACACUGCCAACUGUAACCUCCACGCUGUGAGGUCACAGAAACACUUACACCUUUAUGAAACACGAUGGAACAAGGAUGGAUGCUUUCCGAGGUUUCAGUGUGCAAUACGAAGGUUUCCCAUCUAAGAUUGUGCAAGAUACAUAUUUGAGAUAUGCUGUGAUACUAAAGCUGCACCGAAGCUUUUGUGUUUGCAUGAAGCUUUGUGCUUUAGUCUGUAACACUUUGUAAAAAUGUAUUCACUAAUUCAGUAUAAAUCUAAUUAAAAGAGGUCCUGGUAGAGUGCACGCCCCAUGUGUGGGGGCUGGGUCCUUCCCGGCUUCCGCCACCAGACCAUUUGCAGCCUGUAACCUGUGUACUGUCUCCCCACUUUCCUGUCAUGUAACUAUCACUAUGUAAUUAAGGCAAAAAGGGAGGAGAUCCUUCCACUGCCUACAUUGCUUUGCCAGGUUGAUUGCUUAAUCUACUAAAAUGAAAACUGCUCAGCUGUAUAUGCAACUACACUCUCAUAUAGGGUUGAGACGUGAUUCCACGCUUAAAAUGUCAAGCAACUCUUGCCCUUUUUUAGCAUGUAAAACCGCCACCUGCAACAGCUUUCAGCAAUCACACGGUAAUUGCUCUAAGAAUGGCUCUUUCUAGUGUCUUGUCCAAUUUCUUUUCACUUGCAUCUUCCAGUUGCUUGUACUAUUUCUUAAAACACUAUACAAUAGUUUAAAUCUUAUGUGUAGAUGUAUUUGGAACAGUUAGUCAAAAUUGUGAUUGUGUUGGUUUUACACUGUGCGAGUCAUUUGUUUGA